GGAUCAGAGCAGAACGCACCACAAUUCCCCAUACGAGAGGGAGAGGGAGGCAGAUUAUUGGAGGCGCCGAGCACCGUAGCUGUGCACUGUAGCUCUGGGCAGCAGCACGCUCCGACAGAAUCCCAGGCAUUUGCAGAGUCUGCAUCCUUUUCAUCCUCUCCCCUGCUCACCCAUCUCGCAUGGUCCAUUCCUGGUACCCUAUUUAAUUCCCUUUACUGCUGCAUCAUAUCUUGCCUGGCUAGUUCAGCUGUUAUCCUAAUAGGAGAGAAUCCCCUCUCCCCCAAUUCUCUACCCUGGUUGGAAUUAUUUCAGUUCCUUUUGAUUUGAUUUUUUUUUUUUAAUGCAGUCUGUAUCCUCUCUCGGGAGAAUCUGGCCGACCACCCCAUCCUAAUCUGUCCCUCCUGGCACGCCAGAAGAAAACAAACCAAGACACUUUAUCAUUAAAGAGAGGAACGGAUCAUACCGGAAAGGUGUUUUUGUUGUAUGCCCGUCAUGUAUCUUGCAGUCAUCCAGCUCCUGACCCUCUUCUGUUUCACAGGGGCUAACGUGUCUGACUAUGACCAUAAUUUGGAAAUGCCAUUGCAUAAAAUGAUAUCUAUAGAUAUUACUCCAGAAGCCAGCCAACCGAUCACAUCGGAUGUCCUAGUUGCCACAGGAGGCAAAAUGACCCUAACUUGCACAGUGGAGGAACAUGAAGAGUCUUCCCUCCAGUGGUCCAAUCCAGCUCAGCAGACACUGUACUUUGGAGAGAAGAGAGCUCUCAGAGACAACAGAAUCCAGCUGGUGAGGUCCACCAGAAACGAGCUGUCCAUCAGUAUUAGCAAUGUGGUGUUAUCUGAUGAGGGGGAGUACACCUGCUCCAUCUUCACCAUGCCCGUCAGGACAGCCAAAGCCAUGGUGACCGUUCUAGGGGUCCCCCAGGAACCCCAGAUCACUGGUUACGAGAGGCCAGUCAAUGAAAACGAAAAUGCUAUUCUGAGAUGCACAACAAGUGGCAGCAAACCGGCUGCCAACAUCAGAUGGUAUAAAGGCCCUGAAGAACUGGAAGGUGCACGUAACUCUGAGACAAAGGACCCUAAUGGUAAAACCUUCACUGUAGUGAGCGUCAUUAGCUUCUCAGUGACCAGAGCGGAUGACCAGGCUGAGAUUACCUGCACCGUGGGCCACGAGUCAAUGCCCAACACGUUUAAAUCUUCCAGCCAGAAGCUUCAAGUCCUCUACCAACCCGUAGCAAAGAUUGAGUCUCGGCCCAGCCUGCCGAGAGAAGGGAUCAGGCUGCAGUUGCAGUGCGAUGCCUUUGGAAACCCUGUACCAGAAAAAUACACCUGGACACGGAAGAAUGGCGAAUUACCCUUAACCGUAACCACCGAUCAAAACAGCUUGGUGUUUCAAAACCUCAACAAAAGUGACAGCGGCACCUACAUUUGCCAAGUAUCCAACAUUAUGGGGAUUUAUACCACAGAAUACAAACUGGAUGUCAAUGACUCCCAGAUAUUUUACCAAGAUCCCAGUCCUGUUCCUCAGUCCAGCAUCGACCAUAUUGUAAUUGGAAUAGUAGUCGCUGUCAUCGCCUUCCUUCUAUUCUGCCUGCUUAUUGUCUUGGGACGCUACUUGAUCAGACACAAAGGCACCUAUCUCACACAUGAAGCCAAGGGCUCGGACGACGCCCCCGAUGCUGACACCGCUAUUAUUAACGCAGAGGGCGGACAAGGCGGAUCUGAUGACAAAAAGGAAUAUUUCAUAUAAGCUCAACUCCUUCUCCUAAAAAUGUGACCACGGCAACAAGAUCAACACAUGUUUAACAGCAUACGACAGCACCGACAGAACAAAGUGAUUCUCUGACGCGGGUGACUCUCUCUCUAACAGGGCCAAAUCAAGGAGAUGGAGGACGAGAGAGGAAGGGACAGUGAAUGGAGAGAUCUUGCUUCUUAAACAAACUUGUAUAAAAGUUAUUAACAAAAACUCUUAAAAAGAUAAAAAAAAUUGCUUGCUUAAAUCUACAUAUCUUCAGUGAACGCACUAUUCUAACAAACAGAUAAUAAUCGUGAGUUAAGAUAAUAUUUUUUGUUUAUUUUCAUUUACAAUGUGUACAAAGUUUUAUGUUUUUAUUUUUUACUUUGGAAUGUGGGGGGCGGGGAGAAAAUAUAUUUAAAUAUAUUUAGUGGGGUUUUUUGUUUUUUUGUUUGUUUGUUUUUUUCAGGGUAAAUUAAACUUGUAGGAUAGGUAUUUUCUAGAAAGAGUUUUGUUCCGCCAGAAAUGCAUAGGGAGCGAUUUAUAAGGUGCCCCAAUUAAAGCUUCCAUUUAAUGACUAGCAUGGCUGCUCCUGGAAAUUGGUCUGAUGAAGUGUAUGGUUUCCAUGUUUAACCCUUUGGUAGCCAGAGGCGUGUUUUUUUUUUUUUUUAUGCUUUGAUUGAGAAAAGCUUACAUGAUGCUGUUGGCAAUUGAAGAGUAACAUGUUAAGUAACAGAGUGGAUUCUGGGAAGUGAUUUAGAUGAGCAAGAAGAGUGGAUCUCUCAGCUAAAUCCUCUCGUUGCUUGAGACGGGUCAGUGUCCCUAACCGAGUUUGCUUAGGCUAAUCAGGGUCUCGGUUUUGCACAGAAUAAAAGACAAGGCACAGUGUUAUUUGUUUAGUGUCAUAAUGUUUUACAUUGUUUUUGCCCUAUAUCAUUUCCCCAGGCUAAAUUACAGAAUGGCAAGGUAUGGCAAGUGACGAACCAAUCACAACAAUCCAUUGAACAGUUGUUCAUGAGGCUGAAGAAUGGAUUAAUUUGAUUGGUUGUCAGCUAGCAAUGAGAAUUUUGGUUGCAACACAAAUAUCUCUAAUAGAUAACUGGUAUUUAAUCUCUUACAAUGUACCAUACCUCUUUAUCACAUUACCACAUGAAUGCAUCAUCAGGUAAUAUAUUGUUUUGCAACUGUGGACUUAAUUCUCACAGAACUGACAGCAUCACUCAUCUGGCAGAGUUCUGAUAUUAACCAAUAAAUCUCUGUAUUAUGUCAUACUAUGUAUGUACCAGGCUUGGCAUAAAAAUAUUUUCCGCUGUG